UAUAAAUGAUAAAUAAUGAUAAAAUAUUAGUUGUUUCAUUUUUAUCAAGUUGUAAGUGAGUGGUAAAACGUCAUGACGAUAACGAUCAUCAUUUUGACGAUCCUACUGUGGUCAUCAGUCAAAGGUGAGUUACCAGUCAAACGUGACGUGGAAAUAGAGUGGGAUCUUGAGUCGACACCUUUAGAAAUUAGGACUGAUAGUGAGCUGGGGAGUGACGAUCAGGUACAAGUGCGCUUCUACUCUGCUGUGGGAGCAUAUGCAGGAGGAAUCAUGCUCUUGUUCAGCUCUACUCCACAAUACUCCCUCGGCUACUGCACCUCAUCCUACAAAAACUUCGCUGUUAAUCCCCCCUCUGCUGCUGACAAGGUGUGGCGUAUCACACUAACCAGGACUGCAGGUGUUAGACUAGUGAUACACUGUAACGAGGUGGAGGUUCUCAACAUACUGCUCUCUCAAACGUGUGCUCUCGAUAUCUGGAGCUCGAAAUGGAGCGAUGACGUGGCAAAGAUAAAGUUCGAUCUCUCUGAUGACACAGCAUCUGAUUACUACGGAACACAAUUACAAUUACCAGAAGAUACAAGUGAAGAAGAUGAUGAAAAUGAACAGGGAGACAACCAGAACUACUCUGAUGCAGCAGCCCUGAAAGUCAGCUUAAUUUUCCUCGUCGUUCUCCUGUUUGCUGUUAAUAUGAGCAUCUAAACUUGUUCAACUCGAAAACCCGGACGAAUCUAUAAAUUUACAAUCUAUAAUUAAACUUUUGAUAUUUAAAAUUUCAAUAUUUUAGACAACUUUCAAUGUUUUAAUAAAAAAUAAAAGAAAGAGACUGCGAUUCAGUAAUUAUUGAUAUUCAUUGUAUGUUUUUUCAGAAUA